AUGCGCAGCGCCGUUGUGGUCGUCCUCGUGGUGGCGAUGGCGGUGGGUCUUCAGCUGACAGCCGCCGAGAGCUUGAAGUGUUCCGAGCGUGAACUGGUGUCCGAGUUGGCGGCGCAGAUCCUGCGCGUGGCCCAGGGACCCUCGGCCUUCGCGGCGGGACCUCACAAGCGCAACUCCGAACUCAUCAACUCCCUCCUUGGACUCCCCAAGGUCAUGAACGACGCCGGGAGGAAAUGA